CUGUAGUUUCUUGACUUUUAUUUUUCAAAAGCAAAAAAUCCCUUUAAAUGCUCCAACAACAUGCAAUUCCAUACACAAAUUAUAUCACUUCCACAAAUAAACCUUCUCCUCCUCUUUCACAAAUUUGAAGCUUUAGGAAAGCAUGGAAACGGAGUCACUAUUACCUAAGCCAACUUAUGGUGGCAUAAAGAGGUACUUGAGAAGGAGGCGUUAUCAACGUCUUGGUGGUGACAACAAUAAUGGUGGUGGAAAAAAAACCAAGAUUGUAAAGCCAAGAAGAAGCCCACGUAGGCAUUUUCGGAUGAAAUCAGUUCCAAGGUUGACAUGGAUGGUAAUUAGGUCACCUUUGAAGAUGUUGGCAAAGCUCAGAAACGCUUACAUGAACUUGAUGUUGAGGUCGAUCAACACAGAGAGCAUGUUUGGUGAGAAAAGGAUUGCAAAGGCUGAUCCUCAUCAUGUGUCUAAGGGUUAUUACAAAAGUGAUGCGUUUGAGGCAAGACUCAUUUUUGAGAUCUCCAAGUCAUUGGUUGCGUCUCAUGAACUAUAUUCCAUGUAGUAUUAAUUGUUUUUUCCUUUGACCUUUUUUUUUUUUUUUUUAGAUUUCUCAAAUUUUCCUUCCUAAAUUUCCCGUGUGAUUCUGCUGAAAAUGUUGAAGAAUCACCCACAAAUUGUAUUUUAUUUCUUGACUUCUUGUUAAACUCAUAAUUAAUUGAAAUCUCUGUUCAUAUAGCA